CCCUUGCCUUUUAUUAAGGUAAGUACCUAAGGUAGGUACUUUUCGUGGUCGUGUUUGCCUCUUCCUGAUUGGCCCAAAGGAAGCCUGACCAUCCCUCGCCGGAACGCGUUAAUCAAGUCGUUGCCACACGCGUUCAGCAUCACCUCUCUGUCGACGUUACUUCGUGCGAGCUUCUUCAGCCACCAAGGCUAAAGACAUCCUCGACAACUGAAUCUCGGAGCGAAGACCGAGAAGUUCGAAAAAGAAAAAAGAAAAGAAAAACAAAUCCGCCAUGAUCCCCAUCCCGCAAGACUACAACCACGGCCACCGAGCCUUCCUGCAGUCCUUUAUGGGCCGGGGAACAUUAUCAUACGAGGACGCGAGGCCGAUCCUCGCCGCAAUUUUCACCAUCGAGGAGAAUGAGCCGGUGACUCCAGAUCAGGUCACACGGGAGGACUUCGACUCGUACAUAGAGGCUGCAUCGAACGCCAUCUCGUUUUUCGACUACGAGAUUAGGAGUACCGUGCACCAAGUCACCAAGAAGCCUCUCUUCGUUCUCGUUAACACCACAUCGGACCCAAUGACGCGCCUAGCUACGACGUAUACGGCCGAAGAAAUCAGUUUCGUCAGGCGCAUGCUCGACGCCAUGUUCGACUCGUACAACACACCACGCAUGGAGGUCAUGUCCCUGAGCGAGAUGGAUGCGAUCAAGCUGGCCAGGCCAUCCCCGCGGCGCAAUAACGGGGAAGACGUAGACGGCGAGGGGCCCGAUGGAACGCAGGCGCGAACCCAGUCCACCGAUAGGGGCCUGAAACACAGCGAGGUGGAGAAGAUGCUAGCCAAACUGGUCGGCGAAGGUUGGCUCGAGAAAUCAGCGAUAGGGCGCUAUUCCCUCAGUCCAAGGGCGCUGGUGGAGCUGAGGACGUGGCUGGUAGACUCCUUCAACGACCCGGAGGCCGCACCGGGCGAGUGGCAGCGGAUCAAAUUCUGCGAGGCCUGCAGGAGCAUUGUCACGCACGGGCAGCGGUGCGCGGAAAGGGACUGUACCGUACGCCUCCACGAUAUCUGCGAGGAGGCUUUUUGGAGGACGCAGCGGGCCAAGAAAUGCCCGCGGUGUUCGACCGAGUGGACGGGCCAGAAGUUCGUGGGCGAGCGGGCUGUGACAACCACCGAAGCCUAUCAAAGAGCUCGGAGGAACGGUCACCGCAGAAGCCAAAGGGGCGAGGCAGAUGGCAACAGGGACAGUGGCGAGGACAGCGACGGUCGCGGAGAAGAGUGAGGCGUUAAAGAAAGAAAGAAACAAAAGAGAAAAAUAAAGAUGGCGCGCCGUAUCAAAUGGUCUUCAAAGCCUGGCUGCAACGGUGGACUAAUACGUGGAAGAAAGAAACCCGGCCACAUGCACACCCUUACACCUACGGAAUAGCAGUUUCUGCGGCGGAGUCGACCAUGGUUUCAUGGACGACCAGCUCGACGAAGCCGAGCAAGCCAACCCAGCCUGUGGAGGCCCCUAGGUGUUUAAAGGAUUAUCGUCUCGUCACAGUCCCAUUAUUGGGGAGAGAUGUGGAGGAGACAUAUGGUGACUGCUUGGACUUCUCAAUGCAUAAGCCAGUUCAAAUGCAGGGUUGGUUGGACCUCGGAAGUCGAUGGCGGCGGUUGCAGUGGUCACUGCAGUGGUCCUGCAGGGUAGCGAAGAUCUCCAACCCGCCAUACCGCUACACCAAUGAGGGUCCAGGAAAAGUACCUGUUGUGGGGCAUUUU